UCAUCAUGUUCAGUUUACAAGUUCAUUGGAAAAUACUUCCGUUUCUGUUGAUUCAAUUGGCAACAUUUAAUGUUGGUAUAAAUGGGGCCAAUAUUUUGGCAUGUCUUUCAUCCGCCAGCAAAUCACAUCAUAUAAUGGAAACAACAAUACUUGAAGAACUUGCCAACCGAGGACAUAAUGUAACCGUUUUAAGCACAUUUACCAGAAAGAAGAUCUUACCAGAAACGUACCAUCAUAUUUACAUUCAAAUAUCAGAUGAGGAAGAAUGGAGUACAAUGCGUAGAAAUGCGCUCAACAAUGUAACUAAAAAUGAUUUGAAUGUAUUUAAAGGAUUACCAAAAAUUCUACAAAUUACUUUUCAACGAUCGAAUUUACUAAUGAAACAUGAAGCCAUUCAAAAUUUGAUAAAAUCCGACCAACACUUUGACCUAUUCAUUCUUGAUUAUAAUAUUAAUGAUAUGAUGUUGGGUUUAGCUGGUCAUUUUCGCAUACCAUCGGUUAUUCUAAGUACAUCUCCACCGAUGAAAAUGCUUCGUGAUAUGAUUGGUAAUCCGGCGGCUAUUUCAAGUGCACCCAUAUUUCGUCAUGAUGGAAAAACAAAGAAAAUGGGAUUUAGAGAGCGUUUGGACCUCUUCAUCGCAUAUACGAUUGAAUAUUUUAUUAUGACAUAUAUAAAUUACAUUUAUUUUGAACCAUUCUAUGCUGAACACUUUGCUAAAUUAGACAAUUUCCCAACGUUGAAUGAUGUGAGAAAAAAUGUGUCCUUAAUACUUACAAGCACUCACUUUAGCGAGGGUUUGAUUCGACCGAUGUUACCAAAUUUGAUUGAAAUUAGUGGUGUUCAUAUCAAAGAGAAAACUGAUCCUCUUCCAAAGAAUAUUGAAGAGAUUCUUAGCACUGCUGAUGCGAAUGGUGUGAUUGUUUUUUGUUUUGGCGGAAAUACAAGAAGUGCUGAUAUGUCCAAUGAUAAAGUUCAAAUGUUUUAUACCGUUUUUUCGAAAUUGAAGCAAAAAGUCAUUUGGAAAUGGGAAUCAAAUAUAUAUCCACCUCAGAAACCGGACAAUAUUUAUAUGAUGCCUUGGAUUCCGCAGGCAGAUCUAUUGGCUCAGCAACAAGUAAAGCUUUUUAUUUCGCAUUGUGGCAUCGGUGGACUUUAUGAAGCUUUGUUCAAUGGAAUUCCCAUUCUUGGGAUGCCAAUAAUGAGUGACCAAUUUCAAAAUGCAGAACGAAUUAAGAAUCAAGGAUGGGCUAUUAUUUUGGACUUUGACCAUUUGAAUGAAACAAUUUUAAAUGAUGGAAUUCAGGAAAUUCUCAACAAUUCGACGUAUAAAAUGAAAGCGCAACGCGUAUCACAACUGUUUCGAGAUCGACCGAUGACUCCAUUGCAAACUGCCGUUUACUGGAUCGAAUAUGUGAUUCGAUAUGAUGGUGCCAAACAUAUGCAAAGUUCUGCCGUCCAUUUAAACAUUAUUCAAAGCAAUUCAAUAGAUGUUAUACUAUUUUUAGCCAUCAUUUUGUAUAUAUUCUUCAAGAUUAGCAUGAAAAUAGUACCAAGAAUUUUAAAAUAUCGUUCACUUUUCAUUCUAUUACCGUCCAUCGUCGUUUAUAUGCUAUUACCGCUGGAAAUGCUCUGGACUGAAAACAAAAAGUGAUUAAAACAAAUACAUGGCUCGAAUCUAUGUGUUUCAUGUAUAAAUGUGAAACAUUUUCUUUUUCCAUCGUCCAAAUUUUAU